GCCAGACAAACGCCCAAAGCACAGCACCUCACAGAUCGCCGAGAAAUCCCCACUCAGGAGAGGCAGUAAUCCGUGCCAGAGUACAGAUCUUUUCGAUGUGAAUUCCAAGCCCCGUCGAAAAACCGAAAGCAACGCAACCUGUGAUAGAUAAAGAACGCAAACCAAGAGACGAAAGUAAACUGCAGCUGUGAUAAAUCCAAAUCUCUACCCGACAAAAUAUUUAACUUGGCAAUGACGACAUCCAGUGACAUGGUGCCACAGUCAGAGAGCCAGUACUUUGAAGGCGACCCAGUGUUUAGUAGUGGCUUCGUUAGAAGAGAAUUUAAUGACAGCGGUAUUGCCGAUGGCAAGAUCCGCACCAUCUCGACUUCGUCUUGCGCCACGACCAUGUCAUCGGAUUCCUACCGCAUCUCUCUCGGCGUAGGGCCUCUGUGGUGGUCCGAUGUCCCUGUCCACCACAGAACAGAUCACGAUAGGGCAUCGCUCUUAACGGGCUACAGCCGUAAGUCUUCGGUCGACUCGGCUGGUGGCAGCCUGUACGAGGCCAGCUCCCGGGCGUCGUCGUUGUCGUCCUCCGAAUCGGAUUGCUCCGACUUGGAGUCGCAGCCCGACAUCCAUUCGUUGUGCUCGGACGAUGACUGCCAGGAAGUGCUGCGCCAGAUCUUGCAGCACGACCAGCCGGUGCAGAUCACCAUCAAGCUGCAUGUGACCGAGGACCAGUACACCAAUUGGAAUACGAUUCUGAAUCCCGUCAACAACAUUCUGUAUGUCGCUAUGCCAAAGGAUCUACCGCCAGCCGGCUCCAAGCAGACUUUCAUCUCGCUGCUGGAAUUCGCCGAGGAUAAGCUGGAGGUGGACGGCAUCGUGAUGGUCAUGCCCAAGGAUCAGCCGGACCGGGCUCGCCUCAUCGAGGCAUUCCUGUUCAUGGGCUUCGAGCCGCUGUCCAGGAAAGCACCGCAGGCACCACCGGCCGCCAUCAACGACAACGAGAAUAACUACUUCCUUUUUAGCAUCGAGGAGUAGUUCGACAGCAAGGGGACGAUUUUCGCAAACAAAAAACGGAAGAAGAACUUAAUCAGCAACAAUCCUAUAUCCAGUCCGUAGUUUCAGCAAAUAGCUCGAUUAGCUCACCUUAGAUCCAAUGACACAUUGUCCCCAAUGUGUUCCAUGAAAAGCAAAAGAACCUUUUUAAAUCUUCGCGUUUACGUAGUCGAAAAUCGUUUUGAAAUUGUCUCCGGAGCGGCUUUAUUUUUUGGUAGUCCUUCAUUUAUGGCCAGCCACGUUAAGAGCCUGAUCGCAAAUUACUAUAUUAAACUAUAAUCGAAAAAAUAUACAAAAGAAAAUUUAAAAAAAAGUAUAAAACUAGAAAAUAUCAACAAAAAAAUGUAUUAAUUUUAAGUUUAUUCGUGAAUCAAUAUUUUGUAUUUAUGUUUUCGCUUUUGUUGUAAUCACAAUAUUUCUUUACAUGUAUUUUCAAUAUUUCUUUUCAUGUAUUUUCAAUAUUUUAUAUAAUUAAGCUUAUAUAUUAUGUAUGGUAAUCCCAAUUUGUUCACACUAGAAAAUAUUAUAUAUAUAUUUUUAUUCACUUUUUGUAUGCCUUAAGCGAAGAAAACGGGAAAGUAGAAAAGUUGGAGGAGGAUUGAAAGGGACACCCAUAUGCAUAAAAGCUAAUUAACAUACGCCAGCAAAAAAUCCAUAUACACACGAUAUCCAAUAUUAAUAAACUUAAUAAUCAAUAGAUUCCACACCACGCAAGCAAACGAUAUACAUUUUUUUAUUUAUUCCACUUUAAUGUAUGAUUUUAUUGAUUCGAAUAAUAAAACAUAUUACUUAACAAAAUUA